GGUCAGGUGUUGGCAGAGCUGCGGUUCAGCGUCCACCAGCUGUCGGAGGAGGACACGUCGGUGAAGUUUGACCUGCAGAUCGUCAGCUCCAACCAGUUUGACAGCAAGAGUCCUCGAGUCUCCAGCGUCACCAAACUGGCUGUCCUCGCUAAAGUCUCCAUCAGAGGGACGUCGUCUCCAGGUCAGGUGCUUCUUCCCAUCGCCAACUGGAAACCUAAAGAUCCUCCGGUGGUCGGAGACGACAUCGGGCCGCAGAUAGUUCACGUCUACGAGCUCCUGAACAGCGGCCCCAGCACCAUCAGUAAGGCCUCGCUGGACGUCGACUGGCCGUAUCACUACAAGAACGGCUCGCUGCUCUACAUCACCAGCUUCGAUACAGACGGACCCAUCAACUGCACCACAGACGUGGAGAUCAACCCGCUCAACGUCUCGAACCCUGUGUCCUCGGGGAAGAACACCACCGGGACUCCAACCAGGGAACGAGAUUCGGAGGGACGGAACCGACAUCAAGUCCGCAAGAGAGACCUGGAGUCAAGAGAACCACAGGACGACGUGCAGACACUGGACUGCAACACAGCGGAGUGUCUGCGGCUGAGGUGUCAGGUCGGUCGUCUGGAGAGGAGGAAGAACGCCAUCCUCUUCAUCUACUCCAGACUGGCAGUCAACAACUUCCUCAGGAUUGAGAAUCAGAAUCGUUCAUACGUGGUUCGGUCGACGGCCACUUUCAAUGUCAUCGAGAUGCCGUACAAGAGCCUGGCGACCGACAUGCCGUUUAACAGCACCACUGUAAGACACACACACACACACACACACACACACACACACACACACACACACACAGAGGGUUGUUGCUGCCUUCUGUUAGAAAUCUUGUAUUUCCACAAUAAUUUGCACGUUCCACUCAUUAAUGACGCCGUGCAGCUCCUGCAUUGUCAACAACACGGUGCUGCAAAUAUUUCACAAUAAAAGCAUUGUGUCAACAACUAAGGGGAUUCUGCAGAGAGAGGGCUUUUAUUUUGAAACAGAAACAGGAAAGGUUGAGUGUCUGUGACAGACAGAGAAAUGUAAACUGCUAUAAUAGGUGAUAUAAUGUCAAUAAAAUUAUCAAAACUCCAUCUUCACAGUCGACUCUAAAGGCCGAGCACGUCACAUGGCAAAAAUUGGCAAGCCAGCGUUUCUCUAGACAGCUGACAAAUAGCUGCUCUAACUUGUUAACCCUUUGAAACCUGUGCAAACUGGCUUGAU